CCGGCGUAGCGCGCCAAAUGCAAACCAAAAUAUUCGUGCGUUGAGAGAACCGGGUCGGAGAAUGUGAACCAUGAAGCUAAUCUGCGAAACGUGCGUGGUCAACCGGUCCGGACCGCCGUCCGGCGGCAAGCGAGCCUUCCAGAAAACCGUGCUGGCGGUGGGUAACGACAAAAAGUCCUCCUCGUCGUCGGAGGAACCGGUCAUCAUGCUGAUCACCAACUCCAACAAGAGUGGCACCCGGUACGGGUUGCGGAAGAAUGUGGGCAAGAUCUUUACCCGGUUUUUGGCGGAGGGAAAGGCGACGAUAUCGUUCCAGAUUCCCGAGCACGACGUGCAGAUCAAGAGCGAGGUCGUUCAGUUGACUGGGUUUUUGAAGGUGCUGCGAGCGGUGCUUACGGGAGCGGGAGUUGAUGGUCCGGAUGGGGGCGCGAAGCUGUCGUGUCUGUCGAUGGUGAAUAAGAAGACGUCGGCGGUGCUGGCCGCUUCGAAUAAGGUGCUGGCCACAAAGUGCGUCAUUAAGAGUAGAGGGGAGUAUCCGUUGAAGGGAUUUUCGAGGAAUUUGGUGUCUUUGCAAAUCUCGGACAUUAAGCUGUGCCGGUUUGAUCCGCAGAUCUUGCUGCUGAAGAGUUUGAGGGUGCUGAAUUUGAGCAACAAUUGCAUUGAAAAGAUUCCACAGGCGCUCGGUCAGAUGAGACUGGUGGAAGUUGAUUUGUCCGGGAAUGCACUUCAGAACCACGCGUGGGAAUGGCUGCGGGAACCGGCCAUCCAAUCGAGCCUGCAAAGUCUCAACAUAUCCUCCAACAACCUCACCUACUUCCCCUCGAGCUUAAUCUACUGCCGUGUCCUAGUCCGUCUCGACAUCCAGAUGAACCACCUGCAGAAGCUGCCCUUCGCCGUCUGGAAAAUGUCCCGCUUGCGCUUCCUCAACCUGGCCCGCAACCAGCUCGCAUCGGUCCCCGAAUCCAUGACCCGCAUGAAGCUCGACCAGCUGGAUCUGUCGGAGAACAAGCUCAGCCAGGACGCCAGCACCGUUCCAGAUCUUCGCAUCCCCGCACUUCCCGGCCAGAUGCCGGCGCUGUGGGAAAUGGCCGCACGCGUCGUGGUCGCCCGCAAGAUUCACUACGCCCCGGGCAUUAUUCCGUUCCUGCUGGUGGAAAUCAUGAACCGCACGCCCAUCUGCGGCUGCGGACUGCUCUGCUUCACGUCACGGGUCUACGAGCGGGCCAAAGUCGUCCGGCUCAACUGCCAGCACCUGAUCAUGGACAGUAACCACGUGGUGUACGCGGACGCGGUCUUCUGUAGCCAGCGGUGCAGCACCAGGCAGUGAUUCGUUUAUUUAUUU